AUGGCCAUUCCUUCUACGCGAAUGCAGGACCUAUAUCACGAAUGCGGGACCUAUAUCACGAAGCGUAGGCUAACCUUCCUAGUGCUUCGCGAAUGCGAGACCUCCUUCGCGACUGCAAAGCACAAAAGCUCACUUGUCACAAAGUCCCUUCGCGAGCAUGAGUCUCCUCUCGCGAACGCGUUGAAGGUGCCUGCAACAAAACACCCUGGUAGUGGUAGGGGUGGUGGUAGUGAUAGUAGUGAUAGUAGUAGUGGUAGUAGUGAUAGGAGUGGUGGUGGUAGUAGUGGUGGUAAUAGUGGUAAUAGUAGUGGUGGUGGUAGUUGGGGUAGUAGUGGCGGUGGUAGUAGUGGUGGUAAUAGUGGUAAUAGUAGUGGUGGUGGUAGUUGGGGUAGUAGUGGCGGUGGUGGCAGUAGUGGUGGUGGUGAUAGUGGUGGUGGUGUGGUAGUAGUGAUAAUAGUAGUGGUAGUUGGCAGUGGUAGUAAUGGUAGUAGUAGUGAUAGUGGUAAUGGUAGUGGUAAUGAUAGUGAUAGUAAUAGUGGUGGUGGUAAUGAUAGUGGUGGCGAUGGUAGUGGUGGUGGUGAUGUGAUAGUGGUAGUAGCGGUAGACAUAAGUGGUAGUGGUGGUAGUCGUAGUAGUGGUAGUAGUAGUAGUGGUGACAGUAGUAGUAGUUGUGGUGGUGAUAGUAGUAGUGGUGGUGGUAGUGGUGAUAGUGGUAGUAGCGGUGGUGGUAGUAGUAGUGAUGGUAGUAGUAGUGAUAGUG